AUGAAGUUCAACAACAUCAUCGCCAUCUCCUCCCUCUUGGUCCUGGCUACUGCCCAGUCUACCACUACUACCAGUACCGCAGCCUCCACCACAACCAGCCUGUCACCUGAGGCCUCUUGCGCCGCCAAAUGCGCUUCUGGUGACGUUUGCUGCGUUGCUGGAUGCUACAAGGUCCCCUGCCCUAGCGACCAGCAGGCCAACGACACCAUCAGCUGUGUUGCCGCUUGCCCUCAGGGUUCCGGCACCCCUAGCGACACCGACAAGUAUGCUUCGUGCCAGAGCAGCUGCUACAGCAGCCACUUCUUCCCCGCGACCAUGACCAACGCUGGUUCCUCCGGCACUGGUGUCAGCUCCAACGACGCGACCACCACCGGCUCUGGCUCCAGCAGCUCUGAGACUGGCUCUUCUGGCUCCGGCUCCUCCAAGACCUCUGGCUCCUCCAGCACUGGUACCAGCAGCGGCUCCAACGCCAGCACGACUGCUAACGCUGCUGCUGUUAGCCAGCUACAGCUCGGUGUCUCUGCCGCCGGUCUCCUCGGCUUCGUUCUUGCUGCCUGGGCUCUGCCCUGGCAGUUUCAAACAGAAAUCAUUGGCCAUGUUGCUGGCGCUUUCAAUAUUGUAGACGCGAAUGGAACCUGGACGUUGGACUACCUCGGCAUCAAGCCGGAAGAUCUCACUUGA